AUGGACGAAAACGCUGACAGCCGGCCGUCGCCGCCGAUCCCGCCGACCGUAGUCGCACAGACGAAUGAGCCUGCAGAAACAACGACAGAAGCAGGAUGUGCACCAAUGGGUGCGCACCCUGUCACGAUGUUGAAACAGGAGGAGGCGCCAAUUGGCGAGGAAGAGGUUCCACAACCCUUCAAAGCAGUGAAAAGGACCACACUGGCCGACGUGGAGUCAACCGAACACACAACGAAGCCCACGAUUUUCCGAACAUACGACCAAGCUGUGGCGGCCCCUCUAUCGGGCAACCCACACGUAUACGGAUACAUAUCAUCCGUAUACGGAGGAAAGGCGUUGAUCCACGUGCACGAAAGCCCGGAGAUCGUCAUCGUCCGUGCCGAACAAUUCACCCUGCUGGAGGGCACAAUGGACGGCAUCAACUUCGCCACGGUGCCACUAUCGACCACCGUGCGGGUGUACGGCGUGCGAAGCGGAUCGACCAACGGAACCAAGGGCACGAAGACCCCACGGCUGCACCAGACCAAAUGGCGGGCGACGCGGAUCCAACUGGUCCGCACCGAUUUCUUCCGCACCCGCGCAGUAGCCAUAACGGAACCGCGGCUGACGUCAGACACUCAAGUCGUCAAGCUGAUAACAGGUCACACGCCGAACGGCUAUAGGAUGCGAGUCGACUUGAUACCAGUUCAUGACCAGAGACGAAUGAUCAGCGAAAACAAUGCCGGACAAUUCUACAUGGUCGACGCAGUACGGAUGCCGCCGUUCUUCCAUCAAACAGACGACGCGGAAGGAGUCGCCGUGACCUUCAAUGCAGACGAGAAGGAGGCGUUUGAACGACGCAAUCAGAACGACGACAGGCAACCGCCCCGCGAAUGGACCUUGGCGGAUCCUAGACCGACGACGGAACACGAGAUAGAGAUGAUCGCAAACAAAUGCAAGGACGUGCCAAUCACUCGGUUCGAGACACACCAAAGGUAUGUCGGCUCGGCAGCCACCGCCGUCGCCGCCUACGUCGACCGAGCCCAGAGCCGACACAUCACGGAGCAGACAGUGGAACGCACGAUCCAGAUCAAGACGCGACGGGAGCAGCUCACCACGACUAUCUCGGUGCCCAGAAGUUUCGUGGAAGACGCCGAUCCCCUAAUCGAUUCAUGGAUCACGGGAAAGACGGUGACGGCACGAUUCCCAGUGGGCGAAAAACGAUUCACCACCAUGGCGACAGUCAAGGAGAUCACCGUAAGCGGAACAGAAGCAAUGGUCAGACUCCAGUUCUCACAAUCAGCCACCCGCUUCAUCAAGGCCUGGACGCGAGAGCACGGGAAAAGCAGCGUGACCAUCGGACCCGACCCGGAGCAGAGUUUGGACGCCACGCAAGCCAUCAAGAGGGAGUUCAAGACGACCACAGUACAAUCGGAGAUCUACCAACAAUACAUUGGCAGGAAGACAGCUCAGAAGAAGCAGCAGUUGGUGACAAAGGAGCAGCGUCAACUCGGGAGCAUCACGUUGGACGAGGCCCAAACUGAUGCGCUACGAUCAAGCUUGGCUCAACAAGGAAUCAGCGUCACCAUCGCUCCCCCGGGCUCCGGAAAGACGGCGCUAGCUUCGACCAUCGUCAUCACCGGUCCAACGAAUCAGGCGAUUUCGUCCGCAUUGGCACCACUGGAGGCCGUCAUUCCAGCGGAGAAGAGGCGGAUGUGUCGAUAUGCAUCCAAGCACAUCGCCGACGAGGACACCGACGAUCAGCGAUUCUUCAUCGAAAACAUGGCUCGCCAAUUCGAGGAAUUCAUCACGGAUCCCAUCCAGCAGAAGUCACUGACAACGACGCGGAACGCUCUUGCUGUGGCGGAAACCGAACUGGACGAGGCAACGACCGCCCUCGAGAUUCUUGAGAAGCAGGAGAAGACAAAGCAAGUCCGACAGGAGCUCGUGGCAGAGUUCGAAAUGCUGUGGAACCCGAACAUCAUUGCCACGACAGCAACGCUCUUGUUGCGAUACCGCGAAAGAAGGUCAUGCCGGUAUGCGACGCACAUAAUCAUCGACGAAGCAUCUCGCCUCCACCCACCGCAUCUCUUGGCUAUGAUCGCGAGCUUCCAACAUUUAAGGAAGAUCACGCUGAUCGGAGACUCGGAGCAGCUGGCCCCAUUCUACCCAGCGCCGGAUGCAUCGGACAUCAAGAAGUAUGCGGGAGAAGCUGAUCUGGUACGAUUGAAGAACGCGUACCCGAAAGCAGUCGUCCACCUGGAGAAGAUAUACCGAGCGCACCCCCUCAUCACUCGGAACGUCUUGGCCAAUUGCUAUCCGUACCGAGUGGAGCCAGGUGUCACUGAAGAGGAGCGGCCAAUGGCAAGAAGAGCAGGACUCCCGAUGGCAGCGGACGGUACACCGGUGAUACUGUACCACACGAAUGGAGUAUCGGAAGGCGGAGUGAACGAGGAGGAGGCCGAGCUCAUUUACUGGUUGGUGCAGCACCUGCGAUCGAGAGGAGCCGACAGGGACGACAUAUUGGUGGUGACCUACCACACCAACCAGCGGGACCAUCUGCGCAGGAUCCUCCAGAACAUCGCCGUCGAGACGAUUGAUGGCUCACAAGGAAGGCAGGCGCCAAUCGUGAUUUUGGCGACGACCAAGCGAGCAACGUCAACCGCAUCCAUCCAGCGGUCAUUGCGAUUCGUCGGAGACCCGAAGAGAUCGAUCGCAGCCGUCUCCAGGGCUAUGCAUGCGUUCUACGUCUUCGGUGACGUCGAGCAGUUGGGCCAGCUGGCAUUCUUUAGCCGGAUCGUCGAAUGGGCAAGGAGCAAUGGAGCAGUUCGGACGCCGACACCGAAGAAUGGACAAAGAGCGACGCUGCCGAAGAGACAGCGGACCGGUGACGAUCCAGAGCCGUCGGGAAGGUGCAAUCAGAAGGUGUCGCGGCGCCGAGUAUAA